UGAAAUUCAAAAACAAAACAAAAUCAGAUCAUCGCGCCAUUCGCAGAAGCUCAGAGAAAAACUUCAUUCGGAAGAAGAACUCAGUAAUGGCGACGUAUCCUUCUGUGAUUGAGAGAACCGUUGCUUCGUCUCUUCUUCUCCUUUCCUAUGGACCAGUGUUCUUCUCACCUAAAAGGUCGGAAUCUGUAGAGGAAUCGAGCUAUGUGAGGAAGUGGUGUCACGAAGGAAGUUCGAACUUGAGCUUGAUGUUGGGAUCUAGCGGAUCGAGAUCUUGUGGCUCGGCUUUGUCCAGCGAUGGUUCGUUUGGGAUGAGUGAGGAUCGCGAAUUCAAAAUCAAUUAUACUGGAGAUCCGUUUCGUCUCAUGAAUUUCAAGACAGCGAGAAAACGCCGUUCUCAGGUCAUUUGGGGAUCCUUCAACUUUAAGCCAACACAUUUGAAGAUGAAUCCUGUGUGUGAUGUUCUCUCAACAUGCUCUGUUGAUUCCAAAGAUGAGUCAUGUUUGUCAACUGGUUCAAGCGAGGUUUCUAGCGUAGAAAGCAGAAUCAAAGUCAGGAAUCAGAAAAGCAAUGAGAAACUUAGAGGAGGAGGGAAGACGAUGAAAGAAAGUAGCAGGUCAAGUUCUAUUCGCCGUAGAGCCAAAGACAUCUUGGAGUUUCUUUCCUCUGAAUCUUCUUCAGAAGUUCACAUCCGUCAGAUUCUUGGCGACAGUCCCGAUACCAGCAAAGCUCUCAGAAUGUUGUUGAAGAUGGAGGAAGUGAAGAGGUUUGGCACAGGAGGAAGACUUGAUCCCUUUAUUUACAAGGUAUGAAACUUAAAAUUGCACAUCCUUCAUUGUGAUAUAUAUUCUAGCAAUAAGUACAUUUAAAUUGAUCUUUUUGCCUCCUUAUUUUUCUGUAGAUUGCAUGAAAGAUUAAGACAUUAAUGCUGGAGGCAGGUAACACUUAUAUCCCCUUUCCCACUAUCUAGUUAUAUACAGUUUGGUUUGAUCCUGAUAUGGGCUAUAGGAAAACGUAAACUAUAACGGGAAUGCGGAAGUUUAUAUAUAUAGCUAAGAUAUAGUAUAUGGUCUAUAAACGUUCGCUUUGUAAGAAGUGGCUCUGUUACAUACAGAUAAAUAACUGAAGUAUAACUGAAGUAUAACUAUAUAAAAUAUAGAAACCGAUGUUAGUUUGCAUGUGUGAACCUCGGCCUAUUGGUUGAUUCCUUGUGAGCUGUUAAACACUAUUGGUUGAUGAAUAACUACUUUACUAAUCUAAGAAAUGUGAUUUUGCAAAAUAUAUUUUGAAAUCUUCCUAAUGGGAUAGAGAAAAUAUAAUUAAUUACUAAUUUCGG